UCGAAAUUAUUUUUGGUUCCAACCCCUGGUAUUGAUACACCAUCCAAAGAGUAAUUCAUAACUUCACCAUGCUCAAAGAGAUAUUCAAUAUCUACCUUUUUACAUUUUUACCCAUCUACCAAUAGGUGCCCUUCUUUGUGAGGAAAUGUAAAACCUCCCUUGUUGUCACGAAUCCCGUUUCCUGAGUCUGUUUUUUGCCUGUGUUCUGUCCUGGAGUGUUUUUUCCGGUGUCCUGGAACGCACCCUGUCUGGUUGCCGGGCAAUGUAGCCAGUUGGGAGUUCUGAUUACCCGCACCUGUAUCCCAUCAGCUAUCUGCACACCUGGUCCUGAUCAUCAUCUCUCCUCUUCAUAAGCCCGGACCUGACAUCCAUUCCCUGCUGGAUCGUUAGCCAUGAACAGUAUGUUGUGCCAUAGUAUCAGCCUCAAGUUGGAUAGAAUUUGUUUUGUUGUUUUUUUACAUAUUGCUUGCCUUAAACUUACCUCCGUUUGUUCUGUCUUCAGUUACUCACCCGGAUCAUUUACCCCAUUCCCGCCUGGUCUUAGGAGGAUUCCGCUACCCCAUUGGAUCCACCUAUUUACUCCCAUCAACUCACCACCGCUGCCCGCUACGCCACCUGGAUAUAUCUACCCAUUCACAUUCACUUGUAAAUAAAUACUCACCUUCUUCCUACUCUCCUUGUCCAGGGGCCUGUUGCACAAAAGUAGAAUUAAGACAUCCGGGAUAAAUGACUAAGCUGAGCUCAAUGAAGCCAAAACAUGUGCGUCCAGGCUUAAUUGGUUGCACAAAGACCAAGCCAGGAUGAGCAGACACGGAUUCAUUAAGCCAGGUGAAACCAAUCCUGGAUAGGUGCGCGCUCACGGCUCACUCAAAUAGACCCCGCCACAGAUCACAGAUUAACUGAUUUACCAUGGCAACUAGAGCCGCGUACUUUUCCCCGUCGGAAGCACAAAUCCUCAUGGAGGCAUACGAGGAGGUAAAAUAUAUAAUUAAGAAGAAAGGCAACACCGCCACAGUGAUAAAGCAAAGAGAAAAAGCGUGGCAAAGUAUUGCAGACCGCCUGAAUGCAUGGUCUGCAAUGCUGACUGUGUGAUCAGCAAUGUUGUGGCAAAAUGGCCUGGCUCAGUCCAUGACUCCAGAAUCUUUCGGGCCUCUGAAAUCUAUCAGUGCCUAUCACAAGGUGAAUUCUCUGGUGUGUUGCUGGGAGACAGGGGGUAUGGCUGCCAGCCUUUUCUCCUGACACCUUUCACAGACCCCCAGGAAGCACAGCAGGCCUACAACCAUGCCCAUGCCAGGACCAGGGCCAGAGUUGAAAUGACCUUUGGCCUCCUGAAGGCACGCUUUCACUGCCUUUACAAAUUAAGGGUCAGCCCUGUUAGGGCAUGUGAUAUUACUGUGGCUUGUGCUGUCCUCCACAAUGUGGCCUGCCUGAGGAAGGAGAGGGCCCCCAGAGUGCCACCAGCCAUGGACUGGGACAAUCCGGCAAUCUUCCCUGAUGACGACAGUGGUCGGCUGCUGAGGGACCAAUAUGUGUUGAAUUAUUUUAGUUAGUAUGUGUGCUUUCAAUUUUGGUUAAAUAUGUCCUGCGGUGGCAGAGGAAUUUGUUUU